UUGAUGUUCUCGAGCGCAGGUCGAGAGAGGGAGAGAUGGGAACCGCACACACACUGGAAAGAGGCACACGACGCUCCGUGCAGCACUGAUCACGACCGAGACAUCGAGAAGAGGAAAGAAGGUGUUACUGAAUGAGCAGGAUGGGACUGAGAAACCUGAGCAUCACCGAAGCUUCCUGAAGACGAGUUUCCAGCGCUUCGGAAAAGGACAGUUUUGAACGUCUCAUGCACUCGUGCUCGGAUCGAACGGGAAGUUUCUGAUUACCUCACCGAGAAAUGGAAAGAGAUCAAAGACUUGGUUAUUGGAGAGAACUCAUGAAAUCUUAGCUUGAUGCAGUUUAUGGUUGAGGAAUCCUAUCUAGAUGUUCCAGUUCUGUUCCUGUCUCAAGAAAAUUAUGAGGUGAACGACACAAGCAAAGAAAUUCAAGGGCAAAUGUGAGAGAUAAAAGUCAACCUGAAGAGAUGCAUUGCCCAGUCAUGGACUGUCAAGAUAUGCUACACCACAGAGGACUGUGCACACAAGCUUUGAAUUGGAAAGUAGGGCAUUAAAGUUGUUAGGAUAUCCUCUCACUGGUCAGCCUGAAAACUGUAUCCCAUUAACGUUUUAUUUGCCUUGAUAUUUUUAGGACUGUAAUGAUUACAACUGCUGCAGAUGUACACAGUAAGAGAAAUGUGUCUUGAGGUUUUGCUCUUGGCUAUGAAACCAUAAUGCAGACUUUUGGGACAUACUCACAAGCCUACCCUUCCAAUGUUUCAUGCUCUUCAGGACUUACACAAAGUAUCAGAGUAUUACUCAAAGUGUAUCAACAAGGUGGCUUAUUGAGUGUUUAAAUGCCCAUGUGGACUAAUGGGGCUGAAGCUCAGGAUACACCCAGUCCCACUUUUGCAUAUAAAGACAUUUGCUUAUAGAGACUAUUUGUGCCAAAACCGGAACCUACUCUGACAGCAUUACCAGAAAGACUUACACAGAAACCCUCAGUCAUGUGACCUGAGGAAAGGACCAGUCACAUGCUCUGCUGCCAUCGGCUGGUCUGUUUUAUUUAUUUUAUGUUUUUUUUGUUACUGCAGCAUUUACCAUGUUCAGAGUUUUCCAAAUGUCAAAUAUACUGUGUGCUGUAACUGAAUUUUGUAAAUCUAAUUAAUUGUUCAUUCACAUUUGACUUGUGAAAGCAGACAAAAAACCCACAGAGUCAAAUUUUACACCUAUGUAUUUACAUCUAUGGUCCAUACACUACUCUUGGAUAAUAUGGUGAGCAAAGAGCCCAACCAUUUGCCAACCGUUCACAGCCAUAGCAAUGGCAACCCAGACAAAACACCUACCACUGUGACUGUGCGCUCAGUGCUCCUCAACCGGAACUCUCCAGAUAUUGAAAGCAGACUUAAACGGAGAAGAAAUCGCACACAGCAAGUACGUUUUAAAGAUUUGGAGUAUGAUGAUGUGUCUAAUGAUAAAAACGAGAAGAUGAGGAGUAAGAGCCCAACAGAGGUUCCAAACUGGCAGAAAGAGUUGACAAACGGGCCCUCAUUGGUGGGAGCAGUCCGCGGGGACAUGGAAAAGACAAUUGGAGCAGUGACAGCAUUUUUGAAGAGAGCACCACCGCACCCACUUACCCCUGGGCCUGCCAGACGCUGCUGGGUCCCAACACAUCCCUGUUCGCUCACAUUGCCACUGCCAACUCAGCCAUGCAAAAGUACAGCUAUACAAACCUCACCCAGUUUGCAGAAGCCUCCCUCGCUCUCUGCCACACAGACUCGCAGUCACAGCCUGGGGGGAGCCUGGGAGGAUGGAGACUCCUCUGAUGAGCUGACUGCACAUGUCUACAUUCCACCUUGUAGAUCAAAGAAGAGCUCUGUCCAACAUUGUACCCCUGCUGAGCAAUCAAGGUGCAAGAGAACUGAGGACAAUCAAACUGCCUCUGUGGGUACAUCAACACAAAAACAGUCUAGAAGGAGGUGUAGGAGGAAAUCUUUAAACAGAGCAGGAAGUGAUCCUGGGAAACCUGAGCCUCAUUUUACUUCCCCAACUAAAACUGUGCACAGAAGCCACCAACAGUCUAAACAACCCAAGAAGCUUCCAUCCAAAGCUGUGGCGCACAGAACUUCACCAGAUAUUGUAUCCAUGCAGUGUUCCCACACGCCCAACACAGUUCAUAAUAUGCCUUGUAGUGUCUCUUCCACACAGACUGAAGCAAGAAUUGAGUCAAAAAUCCAAACUGUCCCAGACAACACAACAUCUUUGCAAAAACCUAAAGUAGAUCCUGCAUCUUGUCCAUCUCACACUGCACCACCUACAUCAACCACAUGUUCCAAAGAAACAUCACAAUGUUGCCCACAGCAUGCUGCUGCGGAGAACAUCAGUUUGACCCCUACUGUACUAAAGCCUUUAUACACUACCACAGCACAAGUCCUAUCCACUGUCACCACAUUCUCAACACAUAGGCAAUCAUGCAUGUCUCUUACUGAAUCUACAGGGCAUUGUUGCACACCUGCUAUUCAGAAUACAGCAAAGAAUACUCCCCCAUUACUAGAGUCCCAAAGAAUUCCAGAGUCACAUACAGAUCCCACAGCUCCUGGCCAAUCCAUGCCUUGUUUCCAGAAGUUGGAGGAAACAAUUGCAUGCUCCAACACUGUCGGUUCAAAGGCAGUGUCCUGUUCUCAAGGAGCACCUGCAGUUGCCUCUACAUUCAUUUCCACACAGCCAUGCCAGAAGACUCCAACACAACCCAUGUCAUGCGAUAACACCUCAAAUCAACCUGUGUACUCUGGGAUAUCUCCAACACAACCUGUAACUUGUAUUCAGUCUGUGCCAAGAUGUAUGAGUCCUAAACAGAAUGAGCCAUUGGGUAGGGCCCAUAACCUUCCUGUACAGACUCCUAAAUCAGCUACACACACCCCAACACCUGUUCAGUCUACAUCAUCUUGUAAAAAUCCAAUGCAGUCUAUACAAUACUGUGUCAAAGACAAACUAGCAUCCUGUGCCACUGUUCCACACCCUGUCUCACACUUCAAGGGACCUGUUGCAGCUGCGGCACAUGCCAUUCCUAUUGCACAAACUGCAGUACAUUGCAUUUUGGAUCAAAAAAAUGUGGUAACCCAUGUGACGCCUUCCAUGCCAGUUCUGAUUUGCAGCUCUUCCACACAACCUGCACCGGGUACCCUUUCUGUUCAAGCAUUGCCACACUGCAACUCUAGUAUGCAAAAUGCAGUGUCUUGCAGUAAUCCCUCUCAAAUUGUGCAACCUUUUAAAACAGUUUCACACUCCAAACCAUUUCCACAAAAUAUGUCACCUAUUCUCUGUCCGCGUGAGACAAUUAUGUACGCAAGUAAACCCCAGGAAACUGUGCUUCCCUCUGCUAAUUUCAGGCAUUCUUUACCUUCUUACGCCUGCCCUCCACAGACUACUCUGUUGUACUCUAAUGCUGGGGCGAACCCCUCCCCUCCUCAGGCCUUCUGCUGCACUCAGGACAGACGUGACAGGAGAGAGUUCAUGCUUCCUCCCCCACCACCUCCUCCUCCUCCUUACACCCCCCGCAAAGAGGGCUCCUCUACUCCUGGACAUCCCCGUAAGCCUCCUGUCCCCAAAGCUGAGAGCUACAAUGCUGAAAAGGACGGAGUGAAAACUGGGGCAGUGAAGCCAAAUGCUGAAGCAGUAACUCACUAUCAGGCAGGUGAAACCCCACCUCCUAUCCCUCCCAAAAGUAAGGCAAGAGCUAUGGUGAGGCCCACCUGUUUAAGUGUCAGAAGGGUGAUCCUCGGCCCCGAAUCCCAGGCCAAUGCAAACCACUUGCCUCCUACUGGGGGGACAAACCCCCAGGCGCCCCUUGGACAAGUAGAUGGCCAAGCGGACACACUGCGGCAGGUGCAGGAGCUACUGGGGGGUCUUAUGUCUGGGACUAAGUGUAAGCUGGACCUGGCAAAGGCUAAAGAGAAACUGUUUGGCCCAAAUGGCCCUCUGUACGACAUUGGGGCUCUGCAGUCUCAGCUGCACAACCUGGAAGGAGUGUUGGAGACCAGCCAGAACACCAUCAAGGUUUUACUGGACGUCAUUCAGGAUCUAGAGAAGAAAGAGGCAGAGCGAGACGGAAGACACACGUACCGAACGGGACAGGACAUUGAGAACUGUGGCACCUGCAGAGACUGUGCCUGUAUCAUAUACAGUGUGGAACAUGACUUCCGGCUUCAGGAGGGUCAGGUGACGCGAGCGUGGAAGGUCCCAGAGCACCAGGAGUCGGAGCAGAGCUCUCCUCAGCUGGUCUUUGCUCCUCCGCACCAGCAGGACUCUCCACAGGCCCUUCAGACGGUCAAGAAGAGCCGGAGGAAGUGCUUCUGGUUCCUGUGAACUCUUUGAUAGCAGGACGUGACAUCAUUAGUCAACAAAGACAGUUCUCCAACCACCUUUAAGCCUCUUCUCUUCCGGUCCUCUGGUUUAAUUUGUUCAGACGCACAGCAUUUGUUUAUUGUCUUUUUAAAAAGCAUCUUCUGUCAUUUUCACACAAGGAGAAUCAAGAUUAAUGUACGGCUGUCCGAGUUGAUAUUUCAGAUUUAUAGUCCACGGAAAGAAUUUAAAAAGUCUUUCCGUCUCAAAAAUGUGCUUUGAAUAAUAAUUCACCCAAAAUCUAAAUUCUGUCUGUGAUCAGAAAUGCUCUCGAGCUGUCAAUCAUUUUGAGUGUUUGUUUUUGUCGCUGGACUACAUCUAUUUAUUCUGCUUUGAUUUUCCAGAUUUAUAGUUCAUGGUGAUAAUUUAUGUCUAGAAAACUGAGAAUGGAGGGGGAGAAGGGGCUUUAGUUGGUUCAUGACCCUUUGAGCCAUUACUUACUACCUGAAAAGGGAUGAACUUCACAGAAGACAGUGACUGAUGCAGAGUGACAGCAGGAGACGGGAUGUUAAAGACAUAUUAAAGAGAGAGAGAUGAAAGAGGAAUCACAGGUAAGAAAUCGAAGCAAGAUUACGAUCAUCAUUUUGGAACAAUGAGGGUUAAAACACCAGCUUUUAUACUAUGAAAACCUUUCAACGAAUCAAUUAUUCCACAUGCUUAACGCUUUUAUGUAGAUGAUCUAACAACUAUACACACAUGGUGACAUUUAAGACAGGGAAAGUGAAUUUAAGGAGCGUGUCAUUUCAUUCUUUGUGAAUGCUUCAUUUCAGAAUCCAUUAAAAGCUCUAUGAAAUAUUUUACUACACACAAAAAAAAAAAACUGUGUCAGGUGCUGUUUAUUUGUCUUUUGAUCACGGAGCGUUCAAUCACAGAUGCUUUCAUUAUUUUGCAACAUCAUAUAGACCAGUCUGAGGUGGGAAUUUCAUAUACUAAAGGUGUGGAAUAAAACGAAACUGAAAUAAUCAUGUUUGUUGUGUUUAUGUAGCUUAUGAAGUUUAUAUUCACAAAUACUUACAAGAUAAUGGAUCCACUAAUCUUUUUUUUCUUUUAUUUAGUAUAGAUAUACCUGUUAAAGUUUGAUGAUGUCACUGUAUUUGGGUUAAUUCAUUCAAAACCCCUCACUGAUAUAGUUAGAAAUAAUAUUGCACUCUUAAAGGCACAACAUGUGAGAUUUUUUUUA